AUGGGCAUCACGCGGCCCCGGGAGCCCGCGAACCCGCCGCGGGAACCCGGACGCCGACUCGCACCUCGGAACUCGAUGUCGAAUCCUUCGGUCCCCGGGCUUCUCUCGUUCUUUUUGUUCCUCGCGUUCCUCUCCUCGCCCGCCGUGGCGCACUCAAACUACCCGGGUGGAUGCAGCGCUUUGGACGGACACGGUGUAGGGAGCUACAGUACUAAUCCCGGCUACUGGAAACUGGAACUCGACGGUGGCAACACCGUGAGCACGAACGACCGCGUGGUGGUCAAACUGUACGAUUACUUGUGUAUCUUAUUUUGCAGAUACUCUUGGAAAUUGGGUCAGCCACGCACUGCCGCCGCCGCUGCCGUGAUGUAUCGCGCCUUCACCCCGCGCCCCUCGAGGCGCGUCCGCGGUGGUCCCACCGCGAUCGUGCGACUGGUCUGCGUCGUCAUCGUGAGCGCGCUGGCGUGCGACGCUGCGCCGUUCACGAACCAGCAACUCCGGGAUGCCGUUCAAGCGUGCAAAUUUGCUGAUCCCACCUAUGGGGGCUAUGACUGCUGUGCUAAGGAACCGAGGAACUGUGGACCCGCCGGGACGGACGAAAUGCAUAUGUGGGACGUGUCUCAGGUGACGGACAUGUCAGGGCUGUUCCGGGACUGGUACGACUUCCGAGCCUCAAUUGGAAACUGGGACGUGAGCUCUGUUACGAACAUGGAGCAGAUGUUUUCUCAACAAGGCAGCCUCUCCAUCUGUAACAGUUAUUCCGGCCAUAGCAGUAUUCCCUAUAAAUCCUACUGUGGGGGCGCUCUGUAUAUAUCGGGUUGGAACGUCUCUCAGGUCACGAACAUGAACCACAUGUUCCACGGCAACACAAACUUUGACACUAACUUCAUUUCAAAUUGGGACGUGGGCAAGGUCACGGAUUUCAGGGGCAUGUUUCGAGGGUGCAGCACUUUCAACCAGAACCUCUCCAGUUGGGACGUCAGUCAGGCGACAGACAUGGGUUUGAUGUUCGAAUCAGCCACCGCGUUCAACGGGGACAUCUCCGACUGGGAUGUGAGCUCAGUCACGAAGAUGGACGAUAUGUUCUAUACAGCCACCGCGUUCAACCAGGAUCUCUCGAAAUGGGACGUGAGCUCGGUGACGGACAUGUACCGCAUGUUCGCCUAUUCGGGUUUCGACGGCGCGGAUGGCGAGAUCGUCGGGAGCACCUGGACCACCGCCCAAGUCACCAACGCUCAGGACAUGUUCAUCGGAAACACAGCAUGGACCGCGAAGUACGAGAUCAUAUCCGGGACUGACCCUGACGACGGUCCGCCGAGCAGGUGGGGUAAAAAGUCUUGCCCCGUGAACUAUUACGUCAAGUCCAACAUGUGCGCGCCCUGCCCCGCGGGGAGCACCAACGCCGCGGGCGACGAUCCAUACGGAGUGGAUACUUCGUGCGAUCCCAUCAUUUGCGCACAGAACCAGCGCGUGCAGUCCAACGCGUGCGUCGCGUGCACGGGAGGUGCGGUCAGACCCGCGGGCGAUGAAGCGUCUGGCCCUGACACUUCCUGCGGAUGCCUUGAGAACCAUCACGUGUGCAAGGUGAGCUGGACGUCGGUAAAUAUGGGCUAUGGGUUAAGCUUACAGUUUCAGGCAGAUUCAGGCUCAUGCAAGGCAUGCCCCCCCGGCACCACCAGGGCUGCGGGUGACGACCCCGCCAGCGCGGCGACGACGUGCGACUACACGCCGUGCGCCGAGAAUGAGACCGUCGCCGACAGGACCGACUGGAUUUUGUGGAUUACCCACAAUUCCCUCUCCGCCUUACAAGUAUCCCCCAUCUCCUCCUACUGCCCGGGCUCAACAACAUCCACCUUGGGCGAUAUUCACAAGUUCGAAUGCAAGGCGUGUCCAACCAGCCUCGUCAACGCCGCGGGCGACGAUCCCGCGACGUUCUCAUCUGUCGGAUACUGCACAUGCCCCGUCAACACAUACGGCGAGUUAUGGACGGAAAAGUGCACUGCCUGUCCCGACGGCACCGCCGCUGCCGCGGGAGACAAGGCCCCAGGUGGCACCGGUAUCAGCGCCUGCCGGCCAAUCACGUGUGCGGAGAACGAGCGCCUCAAGAACAACACAUGUGUAAGCAAAUUCUGUGGCGCAUACGAGCGCGUUCAGAAUAAUACUUGCGUGGCGUGCCCGCCCGGGACUGUCAACGCCCCGGGCGACGACCCCGCGGGAGCCGACACCUUGUGUGACGCGCGGGGUUGCCCGCUUGACCACCACGUCGUCAAUAAGACGUGCGUGAAGUGCCGGGAGGGGCUCACGAACCUGGCGGGUGAUGACGAGUCCGGCGACGAUACCGAGUGUCGAUCAAGAGUAAUCAAGCUCUGCGGCGCGUACGAGCGCGUUCAGAAUAAUACUUGCGUGGCGUGCCCGCCCGGGACUGUCAACGCCCCGGGCGACGACCCCGCGGGAGCCGACACCUUGUGUGACGCGCGGGGUUGCCCGCUUGACCACCACGUCGUCAAUAAGACGUGCGUGAAGUGCGGGGAGGGGCUCACGAACCUGGCGGGUGACGACGAGUCCGGCGACGAUACCGUGUGUCGAGGGUACGGCUCGGGCGCUGGGGACGUGUACGGAGAGAGGAGCCUGUUCACGGCGGUCGCAGUCGCCUUGGUGACAGCAAUUUUAGACAGCAGACGAUAG